GAUUUCCACCCGAAGCUCCGUCGAACAUGGACGUUUGUUUUGACAAAACAAAGGAAGAAAAGUGCAGAAAAGUGUGUGAAGAAAGAGCAAAAUGUUGGGCAGAAAAUUCCCCUAAAAAAGACCAUUUUGCUGCCUAAAUUGAUGUGUAGGUGUUUGGUGGUGUUACGCAAUAGCAUUUUGUGCAGUGAUAGACAGUGGAUAGUUAGUGCGUAUGCAUGAAAAGUUAAUGUGAAUUUUUGGUGUUCACGGAGAGACUGCGGAAGACAAGAGCUUGGCACGGGAGAGCGAGAGAGAAGCUGAACGGAGCAGGGAAGGGGCUCAAAACCACAAGAGACUCAAGAGGGGCGACACAGCUGGUGACACGAUGCCCUGGUACGCGCUCUUCUCCGACGUGAUCAAGAAGAAGGUGUGCAGGUAUCUGCUUCAGCGAUAUCUGGGGCAGUUCCUGCAGGAAAAACUCUCCCUUGAGCAGCUCAAUGUGGAUCUAUACAAUGGCAAGGGCACAGUCUACGAUGUCGCCCUCUAUUCUGAGGCUCUCAAUGAGCUGUGCCAAAGUCAAGGAUGGGGACUGGAAGUUAUUGAGGGCUAUUUGGGCUCUGUCACGGUGAAUAUUCCAUGGAAUGCUCUCAUGACGGAGGACAGUUUUAUCGAAGUGUCGGGUUUGUAUUUGGCCCUGAAGCCCAAACCAACCACAAAGGAGGGUCAAUCGGUGCUGGAAUCAAUGUGGUCCUCCAUGAGUAGUUCUAUGCAAUUGGCACAGGAUUGCAUGGAUCGAGAUAGUGAAAAUAUCGCCCAGAAUGUCCAGAUGAGCGCCAUGGAAGGCAUAGAGAGAUUCGCCCAGAUUAUUGAUAAUGUUCUCAAUCGGAUAAAGGCAAAAUUUGUUGAUACUGUGGUACGAUUGGAGUAUGUAUUGCCAAAUAGACAGAGAGGAAUUGCAAUUGUGGUAAAAAUUAAGAAGAUUGAGUAUCAAAAUGAAGUGGGUGGAGAUCAACAAGAAAGUUCAGAUAGUGCAAGUUCUGCUCAAGAAAAUGAAGGAUCACCUUCGUUAUCGAGAAAGAAAUCCUACUUUAUUUCUACACAUGCUAUUCAUCACAUUGUACUGGAAGAUAUUACAUUCUAUACAGAAGAAUUUCUUCUGGUGGAUGACAGUAGAGCCACAAAAAAUCAAACAAGGGCACCAAGUGAAUCCCUGAGUGAAAUUAAUGAACAAUUUCACAGUACAAUUUCCAGUAUGUCAUCCACAAUGCAAGAAAGCAGAGAGACAUUCCUGAGUGAGGAUCGGGAGGAGGUUGGGCAUGAGGAUGAUGAUGAGGUAGGAGUUAAAAUGGUGACAAGUGGUGAAAUUCUCAUGGGACGCCUGAAAAAUCGCCAAGAAAUGCGUAUUCGCAUGAAACAGUCGGAAAAUGUUCCAGGACCAAAAGUGGAAAUGGAUUUGAAUAUUGGAGCCUUUGAAGUCUUUCUGUCUCCACGGCAACUUCAUCUGUUACUGUGUCUAAGUGAAAGAUUUACAGGAGAUGCCACAAAUGUACCACAAACAACAGAAGAUGAUAGUGCAUCAAGUGCUGUGAAGCAGGACACACGACAGGUGCCUGUUGCAAAUGUUGCACUUUCUGCAGCGACACAAACAACACCAUUCAAUCCAAUGUCUGGUGGUGUUGGACUGCAUCAAGGAUGGUCGAGCAAUAUUUACGAUGAUCCGGCAAAAUCGUGUCAACAAAUUUUCUACUCAAUCGCCGAACCACAGAAUCCCGCAAGUGGGAAUAUCUUUGAUUCUGUGAUGUCCUCCAGUAGCUCUAUGACGAGUUCCAUGAGUUCGGCCACGAAUUGUGGGAAGAAGGGCAGUGGCCUGGAUGUUGAUAAUUCCCCAAUAUCGCGUUUUGCAAUGCGCGUGGCAUCGAUUCUCGUGAUGAUCCUGCACGAUGAUGUGCUACUGGAGAGUGGUAAGGAUCAGCCGUGUGUGCCUCUGACGGCUGAGAGUGUGGACAAGAUGAAGAUGCUGGCAGAUGGGUUGUUCAGUCGUUUGCUGGACAUGGAUCUUGAUGCUGAGAAUGUGGAUGAGAGGCUGAAUGGGGUGCUAAGUGAUCAUCAUUUGCGUCUGUGGUUGACACCGGUGAUUGCUGAGGGGGAUGAGCAGAGGAAUAUGAAAGAGAAUGUGAUGCAAGUGGUAGUGUCUGUGGCUCGUGGGCAUUUCAAGGAGAUCCUCACCGAUGUGGCUGUGCCUUUGUUAGAAUUCCAUCGGGAGGAGACAUCCAUGGGGCUGACCAGGCGUCCGGAUAUUGUGGUGAAUGUCCACAAAUUGGAGAAGAUUCGACAUCGUGGUGGUGCUGUACGGUAUUCACUGCCAAUCACAACGAUCAAUUGCAUCCUGGCUAGUUGUCAAAGUGAAAUUGAUAUUUCGAUCUAUGAUCGACUGAAAGCGGUGCUAGAUGAUACUCUAUUCGAUGACGAAUGCCGAGGAGUAUCAUCCACAACAGAUCAAACUUCAGCCACCACAACGACUCUCGUGGUGGCUUCUCAAUGUGCUGAUGUUAAAUUGCGCUUCCCCAUUCCUGACCUUAGGCCUCUGCAUGAUCCCCAAAGAGUGCCCUGGUGGAGGCGCAAUGUACGUCCGGAUUUUCUUACCCUGCGUCUGCAUGGCUUCAAAGUGACCAAUGUGGCCACAACUGGUUACAAAUUUGAGGCCAGGGAAAUUGAGAUGUUCUACUGUGAAAAUGAUAGAGCUCCAAGCAUAGGGAUUGGAAGAUGUUCUCAGAGACUCGAUGCAGAGACACAAAUGCUGGAUAUUCCAACGGUACUGGUCGAAGUGAUACCCGAAGAGAAUGAUACGAUGAAUCUUCUCGAUCGAUUGGAGAGGGAAUCACCUACGGAUGCAGCCCAGAAGAAACCAAAUCCAACGCCGUUUAGUUCAAAGAGGGUCUGCCGAGAGAGUGAUACUCCGCACAAGAAGAGUCCCAACGAUGAUACGGAAACCCUAAUAAUUCCUGGAGAUUCAGCUGAAAUGGCUACAUUUUGUGACUUUGCGUACAAAAAUUCCCGCCUACGGAUAAAAAUUAGUCUACCAUUGGUGAGCCUUCAGUUACGUUCAAAGCAUCUCUAUGAGAUACUUUAUAAUCGAAUCAAUUCGGAUUUGUUGCUGUGGGAACCGGCAGCUCGAAGUGCCACGGUUCCACAGCAAACAAUUGAUAAUUUCCUAAAUGUUGGCAUGAUGGAUUCGAUAUAUGCUCCAGCCACAUCAGUUCGUGCCAUGGCAGCUGAAUAUUCCGUCACGAAUUCGUCGGAAUCAUCUGGAUCGGGUGAAGAUGAAGAAGAUCCGAAUGUCUUCUAUUCGAUUUACGAUCGGAAGAAGAAUCGGAUGCCAGAGAGGCAUUUUGAGGAGGGUACAAAGAGCUGUGACUUGUGUAUUCAGGUGAGCGUGACUGAGGGUUUAUUGACGAUGCAGGCACCGGUGAGAGAUUCGAAAAAUCUGGUGAUACCGGAACAAUUUGGGGAGUAUGUGAUAAGGGUGGAUUGUUUGUCAUUGUUCACAGUCAAGGGAUACUGUGGCAAUGAGAAUUUGGGAUUUGUCUGUCUUGAAGUGGUUGAUGCUGAUCUCUAUCACUGUGGAAUUAUGCCAUCGCCGAGUUCUGAUCCACCAAUCAGGUGGUUUGAAUCAAUGUUCCCUGACUACCUUCUUAGAACAAUCUAUAGCACACCCAAAGAUCUCACAAUGCAAAAGUCCAAGCGCAACAAAGAACGAGAAAUGAUCUCACUUGCCAUUCAGAUCAAACACUGCCCGGAGCAGAGAUUGAAGCGGAUUCGAGUGGCGGCAGGCAUUGAGAUGGCUACUCUUAGGCACAAUCCUUCCCAGCCGGAACAUACGUGGCUGACGGAAUUACUGGAUAUGUUCGAUGUUAUGGACUAUCCGGUGCUGGGAUAUACAGUUUCCGGGGUCGUUACGGAGAUGCAUCUUCAUCUCUGGGAUUGCGCCAUUGACUAUCGUCCCCUCUAUUUUCCCUAUCGGGCUGUUAUAACUCUGGGGAAUUUCAUGAUCAGCAGCAACAUCACCACAACUUCACCUGGAUGCACUCUACGAUUCGUAGCUGAGGAUUGUACCCUCUCCCUGGCGCCACAGGCCAUUGAAGUUCCUGCUAAAGAUACCCUCGAAUCAGACUAUCCCAAAAUUCCUGAGAAUCUCCAUGGAGACUCCAGGGAUUUAGUUUGUGUGGUGGAUUUGGGAUUGUUUGAGAUCUCACUGAGACUCAAUGAGAAAGCCACGAGUUUUGCACCCAAAUUCGAUAUGAGAGCAGCUCUCAAUGAUGUCCACAUUCGGACGUGUGCAGAUUCAGCUAGGGCUCUGGCACAGCUCAUCUCGUACAUUGCUGCCAAGGGAGACCUGGAGAAAUUCGAUUCGGCUCCGGAGGAGAGUUGUGAUUCCACGGGGAAUUUCAGUGAGCAAGACGCUGAUUUGCUGUCUGUGAGAUCCAGCCAGGCUUCCAUUCCCGAAGUCAGUCAGUCACAGCAGCAACACGUCAACACUCUGAUGGCUGAAGCGAUGCAGGAGAGCGCAAUUGAGGAAUCCGAUUAUUCCGAUGAGGAAAUUGAGGCACUUGGUCCGGGAGUCGAUGUAUUCUUCUUCCCGGAUGAAGCUGCCAAAAUGGGUGUGAGUCCCAAGAAGUCCUUCAAGGGUUCCACACCAGAUUCCGUGAGUAUCACAAGUGGGGAGAUUCGUGAGUUGUAUGAUUUUGAGUCGUCUGUGAUGGGAGGUGGUGCAUCUGCUUGUGUUGAUCCGGAAAUUGAUAUUGAGGUGGAGGAAGCUCUGCCGCAAGUGGCUAAAGAUCUUGGCAGUGUACGACGUCGUGAUAUGACAACUCCGUCCAAGAGUCAUGCGCACAGAGCUAUUGGGCACAUGAGAAGUCUGAGUUCGGGGACAGAUGAUGAUUUCUGUUUUAUCUCAGAGGAAGAAAGGGUGAUUUUCUGUGGGCAAAAUGAGGUGGCAGUGACCGAAGAUCCCAUUAGGAUUGUUGACAAUCAUUUUAGUGUGCCAAAUAGAAAGCCAGAUCUUCUGCAGGCUCCACAUGAUUUUCCCAUGGCUGUUAUACGGUACACUCUGUGCGAGAUGUCAGUGACAUGGCAUAUUUUUGGUGGAUCUGACUUUGGGGUCAAUCCUCCGCCGGCCCCGAAGAAGGACGAGACAGUUCUGCAGGAGGCAGAUUACGAUGCUUAUAGGCUUUCUUACCUCCCAAUGUCAGAUGUGUACAAAUUUGGGGUUUCCUAUGCUGCUGGUGCUAAGGUCAUGGCCGAUGGGAAUGUCAGGAGGCACCAGUCGACUGGGAAGUUGUCCUGGAAGACGCGUGGUGGUGCCCAGAGGAGGCAUGACAUCCUCAUGGAGUUUCAGUUGCACAAAGUUCGCUUUUCCCAUGAAGUUUAUCCGAGUGACAGGGAACAGGCAUCUCGCCAGGUGCUCCUGGUGUCAGAUUUGGAGAUCAAGGAUAAACUGGCCGUGUCCAAUAUCAAUAAAUUCCUCUAUCAUCCAACCAGUGGCUCCAUUAAACCCCAUCAAUCUCGCACAAAUCUGAUCGUGAUUAAGGCCCUGCAUUUGCGAUCAGACCUGUCCCUUCCGGCCCAGGAAUGUUGUUUGCGAGUGUCAAUGCUUCCGCUGAGACUCAACAUCGAUCAGGAUUCGCUCCUCUUCCUCUUUGACUUCUUCCAGGAGUUCAGUGGGGCUGACAGUGCUCCUGCGCCUGUUCAGGAGGGUCAACGUCAAGUUCCGCCUCCGAUGUCACCACCUCCAAUCAUGAUGGUGGAUCUUCCGGAGGCGGCUCAGGAGCUGCAAGCGCGCAAAAUGGUGUCAGAGAAUUUGAUGCUCCUGAUGGAGGAAGAGGCUGAAAAGGCUGCAACUCCAACGGCUGCUGACACAGAGGACAAUUCACCCAUUUACUUCAGGAGUGUCUCGUUCAGUCCAGAAGUGAAGAUUCGCAUUGACUACCAAGGGAAGCGAGUGGAAUUGUCCAGGGGACCUCUGGCGGGACUUCUAAUGGGACUCGGGCAGUUGCACUGCUCAGAGAUUCGUCUCAAACGCAUUUGCCACAAAAAUGGAAUUCUCGGUGUAGAUAAACUACUUAAUUUCCUCCUUCAAGAGUGGCUACAGGAUAUCAAGAGGAAUCAGUUACCAUCACUUUUAGGUGGUGUGGGACCAAUGCAUUCUUUCAUUCAGCUGUUUCAAGGGAUACGCGAUUUGUUCUGGCUGCCAAUUGAGCAGUAUCAGAAAGAUGGACAAAUUGUGCGUGGUUUGCAACGUGGUGCACAGAGUUUUACAGCUCGAACAGCUUUGGCAGCUCUGGAAAUUACAACACGUCUCAUUCAUCUGCUACAGAUAACAGCAGAAACGGCCUACGACAUGGUGUCACCUGGGCCAACGGUGCGCCGUGUGAGGGGCUACAGGAAGGGCAAGAGGAAGCGAGUGCAGCCACCACAGGACAUCCGAGAGGGAGUUGCAAAUGCCUAUCAGAUUGUGAGGGAUGGAAUUGGUGAGACGGUGCAUACGAUUAUGGAAGUGGCAGCUCUUGAGCACGAUCAGAAGGGUUACACGGGGGCUGUUGGGGCUGUUGUGCGUGAGAUUCCCUCGACAAUGGUGAAGCCCAUUGUGCUGGCCACACAGGCCACUACGAAUGUCUUGGGUGGAGUGAGGAAUCAACUUGUGCCGGAUGCACGGAUUGAGGCACGGGAAAAGUGGAAGGAAGAUGAGGACUAACAUUGGCCAUUUAUCUCCUCUCCACUCUCCACAAAAUCCCCAAUCAAAUGCGCCUCAAAUCCUUGGCACAAUUUUCUCGCACUAUCUGUCUACAUUUUCCUCAAUAUGUUGCCUGUUUUCUUUUAAUUUCUUCUAGAAUUAUGCGACGAAAAUCAAAAAAAAAGUGAGUCAAUUGCCAAUUUUAAUUUUGACAAAAGUUGGAGAGAGUAGAAAAAAAGCCCCUUAUUUCUAACGCCUUUUUCUUAGUUAGGAUUUUUAUUAAAUAAAAAAAAAUACUAUUAUACAACAGAAACUCUAUGAAUUUACUAAAAGAAUGUGUGAAAAUAUCCCCAAAAAAAAAGUGGUUAAAAAAUAUUAUACAUAAAAGUCAUGCAAAAAGAGAAAAGAUAUUUUGUGAAAUCUUUAAAAUGAACAUUUUCCUCUUCAAAAACUAAUAUUAGUUUAUCUAUGUUUUAUUCUUUUUUUUUAUGUAGAUAUUGUGAGGCAAAAAAAUGCAUCUUGAAUUUGAUGAGGUAGUGAGAAUGAGAAAUUAUAGAAGUCUUUUUUAUAUUUUGUGAAUUAAUCCGAAAAGAUGCGAAGAGAACAAGGAGAUUCAUUAAAAAUUACGUGAAGCAACAAUUUUCAUGGAAAUUUUGAUUUUAAUAAAAUUAUCGAAAUGCACAAAA